AUGGAUUUCUUUUCCAUAAGAAGUCGAGACAAGAUAGCUUUCCCUAGCUCCGAGCCCCUUCUGGGCCUUCGUAGCAGCUGCACCAGGCACCAUUACCAUGUUGUCAAAAGAAAGCUGCGUCCUGGACGAAUUCUGGGUUUCCUCAUCAGUAUGGUGGCGGUCUGCACAAUCUGUUCAUGGAGUGUCUUGUCGCUGGUCACAACUGUGGCCAAGGAGCUGGAAUCAUCUGCCGAGGGCUCAGCAGAGGCGGCAGUGCCCCAAAGAACUCUUCUGCAGUACCACAACCAUACAGCCGCGCCAGAGGACACACCAGUGGCCAUGCGAUCGUCGGAAGAAAUACAUCAUGGGGACUACCCAACGGACUACUUCAGCGUGGAGGACAGACGUCAGGGCUAUGUGGUUUUUCAUAUGUUUGGCAUGUUGUACAUGUUCAUAGCCUUAGCCAUUGUCUGCGAUGAGUUCUUUGUUCCUGCACUAACUGUCAUCACAGAGAAGUUGCAGAUUUCUGAUGAUGUAGCAGGAGCCACCUUCAUGGCGGCAGGUGGCUCAGCUCCAGAGCUCUUUACUUCUGUCAUAGGAGUCUUUGUUUCCCACAGUAACGUGGGUAUUGGUACCAUCGUGGGCUCCGCCGUCUUCAACAUCCUGUUUGUGAUUGGGAUGUGCGCCCUAUUCUCCAAAGAGGUGCUGAACCUCACCUGGUGGCCUCUGUUCAGAGACGUCUCGUUCUAUAUCAUUGGCUUGCUCAUGCUCAUAUAUUUCUUUCUGGAUAAUCAAAUCACAUUGGGGGAAAGCGUCAGCCUGCUGAUGUGCUACACCUGCUACGUGACAUUCAUGAAGUUCAAUGCCAAAGUAGAACUUGUUAUCAAGACCUGCUUGGGCAGCAACCUGGUGGACGAGCUGGAGACUGCACCAAAGGUGAAUGCACUUGGAGAUGAUGAGAACAAGCUGACGGCUAAACCCAGGCUUCAGAGGGAGGGCAGCUGUGCAUCUCUACACAACUCACUGAUGAGAAACAGUAUCUUUCAGCUCAUGAUACACACACUCGACCCUCUCAGUGACGAAGGUAUGGGACGUUUCAAAGAGAAGGCAUCGAUCCUUCACAAAAUGGCCAAGCAGAAGUGUAAAGAAGAAGCUGCCACUGCCAACGGUGUAGGAGUCCUCUCCCAGACACAACCGCCAAGAAAUGCAAAUUCGGACAAAGACAUCCCCAACAGUUCAAAUGUUGCAGUGGAAGUCACGCCGCCCAUGAACGGUGUUGCAGGAGGAGAUGAGGGUGGUGAGGAAGAUGAGGAUGAAGACCAGCCUCUGAGCCUGGCCUGGCCCGAAACCAACAGGAAACGUCUCAUCUACCUCAUCAUCCUGCCCAUCGUCUUACCACUGUGGCUCACACUGCCCGACGUCAGGAGAGAGAGCUCAUCUAAAUUCUUCCCUGUCACUUUCAUCGGCGCCAUUAGCUGGAUUGCUUUCUUCUCCUACCUGAUGGUGUGGUGGGCUCACCAGGUUGGAGAAACGUUCUGGAUUACGGAGGAGAUAAUGGGUCUGACCAUAUUAGCAGCCGGCACUUCAAUCCCAGACCUGAUCACCAGUGUGAUUGUAGCACGAAAAGGCCUUGGUGACAUGGCCGUGUCCAGCUCUGUGGGCUCUAACAUCUUCGAUAUCACUGUGGGUUUGCCGUUCCCCUGGCUCGUCUACAACAUCCUCAAUGACUUCAAGCCGAUCGAGGUGAGCAGCAACGGACUGUUCUGUGCCAUCGUCCUCCUCUUCCUCAUGCUUCUCUUCGUAAUCAUCUCCAUCGCGUCUUGCAAUUGGAGAAUGAGCAAGUCUCUGGGCCUUCUCAUGUUCCUGCUCUACUUCGUCUUCCUCAUCUUCAGCGUCAUGCUGGAGGACAAAGUCAUCACCUGCCCCAUCAGUGUCUGA